GGUCGCAGGCAUCUCAGCUGAUCAUGGCAACUCGGGGGCUGCUGCUGGCUUCCUGGGCUCUCCUCGGGGCUCUGGUGCUGCAGGCCGAGGCGAGGCCCGCGCCCUAUGGGGUGAAGCUCUGCGGUCGGGAGUUCAUCCGCGCGGUCAUCUUCACCUGCGGGGGCUCACGAUGGCGCCGGGCGGACAUCUUGGCCCACGACCCUCUGGGGGAAUUCUUCGCUGAUGGAGAAGCCAAUACAGACCACCUGGCCAGCGAACUGGACGAAGCUGUGGGCUCCAGCGAGUGGCUGGCCCUGACCAAAUCCCCCCAGGUCUUCUAUGGGGGUCGAUCCAGCUGGCAAGGGUCUCCCGGAGUGGUUCGGGGCAGCAGAGAUGUGCUGGCUGGCCUUUCCAGCAGCUGUUGCGAGUGGGGCUGUAGUAAGAGCCAAAUUAGCAGCUUGUGCUAGGAUCUGGGCUGAGCGAUUGGGAAG